CCGCACGAAACAUUCCCAGAUUGGCAUUGUGUGCCAUGGCGUGGCUGGCGUGGCUACUUUGUUCACUUGCCCAAGGGCAGCUGGCCCUUGCAACAAGUACACCAGAUGUUCCUUUCGGAAAAGCUUUACGCGACAAGUUCUUCCAAUUCAAGCCAGGCUUCCUGAACUUCAACCACGGCGGCUUUGGGGCCACGCCUCUGCCAGUGCGAAGAGCCAUGGACCACUUCACGGACCAGCAGGAAGCGCAGCCCACGGCGUGGUUUGGAGGAGGCUACAAGAAGGUUCUUCAGGAUGUGCGUCCAAGACUGGCGGAAAUGAUGAAUGCCAACAUCUCGGAUUUGGUCUUCCUGGACGACGCCUCCGCCGGGCUGAACGCGGUCCUGCGGAGCCUCCCGUGGCAGCCAGGGGACCUCUUGCUGCUCACCACGGCCGCCUACGCAGUGCUGCCGAACACCGGGCGCUGGCUGCAGCAGCGCUACGGCAUCCGCACGGUGCGGGUGAACGUGUCCUUCCCUGCGAGCGGGCCAAAUGCCUUUGUGGAACCCCUGGCACGCACUUUGCGCGAUCUGGGAGAACAGACGGCGCAGCUGCGGUUGGCGGUCUUCGAUCAUGUAUCAUCCUAUCCUCCAGCAAUUCUACCAGUUGCUCCCCUGGCCAAGAUGGUCAAGGCGGCAGCUCCCAGGGCCGCGGUGCUGCUGGACGGGGCCCACGCCUUGGGCCAAGUGCCGGUGGACAUGGCGCAACUGGCAGCGGCCGGGGUGGAUGCAUACGUGACAGAUGGGCACAAGUGGCUCAUGGCCCCAAAGGGCAGUGGUGCACUUUGGGCCUCCAAGUUCUUGCAAGACGUGCUUGAGCCCGCCAUCAUCUCCUCAGACAAUGGCCCUGACACGAGUUUUCAAGACCGCUUCGACUACAUCGGCACGCGGGACUACACGCCCUGGUGUGCUAUGGGUGCGGCAUUAGACUUCCGGCAAGCGCUCGGCGGCGAAGCACUUGUCCAAAGCUACAUGAUGGAGCUGUCGCGCCGGGCAGGGCGCAUGAUGGCACACUCAUUCGACACUGAAACGGUCGUAUCAGAGGACAUGACCCCUGCCAUGUUUGCGGUCCGAUUGCCUUUGCCAAAGACAUGGGAUAGCCAGAAGCAGCAGGCCUGCACUGGCCACAUUGCUGCGGGCUUGAUACAAGAUUCGAUGCAGAUUAUUCCUUUCACCUUGCGCACAGAAGACUCCCAAGAGACACAUUGGAUCCGUGUGUCCGCCCAAGUCUACCUGGAGCUGGAUGACUUCAAGCGUCUUGCUGCUGCUGUCUUGAGGCUUCGAGCUUCGUGUGACAUCGAGGUAGCAGGCGCUGCCCUUGAGAUUGCAGUUUAAAA